AUGGAUGUAAAAUGUCCAGGUUGCUAUAAAAUCACAACAGUUUUUAGCCAUGCCCAGAGUGUAGUAGUUUGUGCUGGAUGUUCAACAAUUUUAUGUCAACCUACUGGAGGACGAGCCAGGCUGACAGAAGGAUGUUCAUUUAGGAAAAAACAACAUUAA